AUGCAGUCGGCCUACAUAGAUGUCACAUUAACGUUCUUUUUUAUCACUGUUCCAGUUUUGCUUCUUUUCAAACUUUAUCUUAAAUGUUCGAUUGGUUGGUGCAAAAGUCAAAGAACUCUGGUCGGCAGAACUGCAAUUAUUACGGGAGCUAACACAGGUAUUGGUCUUGAAACAGCUAUCGAUUUUGCAAAAAGAGGUGCCAAGGUUAUCUUGGCCUGUCGAAAUUUCAGUAAAGCUGCGGAAGCCCGCCGUCUAAUAAUCGAAAAAACGGACAACCCGAACAUCCAUAUUAAGCUUGUGGAUCUGAGUUCUUUCGAGUCCGUUCGAGCGUUCGCCAGAAGCGUCAACGAAAGCGAAGAGAGGUUGGAUAUUUUGGUAAAUAAUGCCGGAGUGGCGCCUCAAAGCGAAGAAAAAACCAGAGAUGGGUACCACUUGGGCAUGCAAGUCAACUACUUUUCGAUGUUUCUUCUUACAAAUUUACUCUUAGGACUGAUGGAAAAAACUGGAUCUAGUCGAGUGGUUAAUGUUUCAUCUUUGAUGGCAAAUUUUGCUUUGAAGUUCAAUUUAAACGAUUUGUGUAAACAUUUGGGAGAUGUAGAUAUGUAUUGUCGCACGAAACUUUGUAUUAUAUUGUUUACGAAAGAACUAGCUAAAAGAUUAACGAACACAAGCGUUACAACGUAUUCGUUGCAUCCAGGCGCUGUUAAGACUGAUAUUUAUAACGACGCGUUGAAAAAUGUGAUCUAUUGGUUCGUUUUUUAUCCCAUGAAGAAUUGGUGUUCAAAGACGCCAGAGGAAGGUGCCCAAACUACUAUUUACUGUUCUGUUGAAAAAAAUAUUGAACAGUUUAGUGGUCAACACUUUGAAGACUGUCACAUAGUUGGUGACUAUUAUUCUGCAAGGAACGUGGAAUUAGCAGCGAAGUUGUGGAGCAUGACCGAAAAACUCGUUGGUUUAAAUAAUGAAAAAUAA